AUGUCUGAGUCAGAAAUGAUUAGACAAAAUCCUGAACAAAGUGUAUCUGAUUAUGCCCAGAAGAUUAUCACUCCUAUAAUAGUUAGUCAUAGUCUACAAUCUUUAAAUGCAGCUAUCACUAAAGCUAAAGAAAUCGAAACUAGAUUUACUAUUAUCCAACCAAUCUAA